CUUUUAAAAGAGCAGCGGAGCGCUAUAAAAGUGCUUCCAUGCCCGCUCCAUGUGCGCACGACAGACAUGCCCACUUCUGGUCAUUCCCUCGUCUUUUCGUAAAGAUUCCACAGGAUAAAGAGCAAUAAGAGACUAAUACGCGCUUUCCCCCCCCCACUGGAUGGGAUGCGCGUUUUAUUUAGUUAACUGCCUUUUUUUUUUGUCCCUCUUUGUGACAUCUGCUCCCACGAACCGAGCCGGAUCGCUGGAUUGUGAGCAUGCAGGGCAGAAUGGGAGCUUGCCCACGGAAGAGCGUGUCGGAGCUUUGCAGGAGAAGUUUGCUGUGGACCUGGCUGGUCCUCUGCCUGUGUGCUGACGCUGACGGGACCUGGAAGACCGGACUCUACAAAACUGCCCCACACACCUCCGUCUACCAAAAAAAAAACUGGUGUCCUCACACAGUUACCAGGACAGUGAGCUGCCAGGUGCAGAAUGGGACAGUCGUGCAGCGGGUCUACCAGACGUGCCGCUGGCCACAGGGAUGCACGGGAGGCAGCUACAGGACCGUUGUCAGACCUUCCUAUAAAAUUGUAUACCGCACUGUGACCUCACUAGAGUGGAAGUGCUGUCCAGGGUUCAGCGGGACCGCCUGUGAUGAAGAUGCGAGGAAGCAGCAGGUGGCUCAGGAGGCAAUAAGAAAACCGUCCACACUGCGUCGCCCGCCUGCACGCACAGGAGAGCCCCUUUCCAACUGUCUCAACUGCAGUCGAAUCACAGCGAUGAACGACAGGCUGAGUUCACUGGAGGCCAAGGUUCAAGGAUUCACCGUAACACAACGCUACCCUCUGUCCAAAGGAGUUGCACAGGAGGCCGCCUUGUUAAAGGGGACCACUCCUGUCAAAGGGGCUCCUGGUGAGCAGGGCCCCGCUGGUCCUCAGGGUGAAAAGGGGAGAGAUGGUAUUCCAGGCAGAGAUGGUAAACCAGGGUCUCGAGGGUUGCCAGGUCCCAGUGGGCCUCGGGGUGAGGCAGGGGUUAGGGGCCCAAGUGGAGCUCCUGGAUCGAAGGGAACCUCAGGACCAGCAGGCCCCCGGGGUCCUCCAGGACUACCAGGAGAGAGAGGUCUACCAGGUCCCCCAGGCCCACCUGCUGCUGCUAGUGCCCGCAUCCCAGAACCAGACAAUCGUGGAAAAGAGCUCCUCUUCACCAACACGUUCCAUGAUUCUCGACCAGGACCUCAGGGUCCCCCCGGGCCGAUAGGUCCCCCAGGCCCAAAAGGCCCGCUAGGACUUCCUGGCCCACCAGGACACAACGGUAAACCCGGUACCCCUGGAACAUCCGGUCCUGUGGGACCAAAGGGAGAGCGUGGAGAGAGAGGGCCUUCAGGUUACCAAGGAGAAAGGGGCUUUAGAGGAGAGCCGGGUGCACCAGGUCCCAAAGGAGAGCCUGGAGAGAAAGGCUUACCGAGCAAUCUAAAUGGGGACGGGAUACAUCAGAUCAGAGAGGCGCUGAAGAUCUUAGCUGAGAGGGUUUUAAUCCUCGAGACUAUGAUCGGUAUUCAUGAACCUGAUCUAGGCUCUGGGGAUGGACCAUUUGGCACAGCCUCCCCUAGUUUCUACAGAGAUAAGCGAGCAGGUGCGCUCCCAUACCGACUUGCUUCUCCUCUGUCCUCCGACACCAAGGUUGGAGGGAAGUAGCCCUCCGAUCACCCUGAGGACCGCAGGCUGGGUUGGCUUCCCUCUCUAUUAGUCGCAUCAACACUCGAUGGCCCUGCUGGGCGGGGGGGCUUUACUGUCAGAUUUAGGUUGGGGGACACCUCAGGGAAACUCCAGUAGUUUUGAUUCCCCCCGUCACCAUAACCACUCCCAUUCUUCACCCAUGAAGGUCUGAAUGCCCUGUGGUGCUCCUAAGGCCUCACAUCUGGGCAAUAAGGGUCAUAGACUAAUCAAUCUGUGGACAUGAAAGACUUCAGCUUGUAUUCUUUGAUUCAGUGUAACCGCAAUGCCACAAGAUGUCAUUAUUUAAGUGUAUUGAGCAUGUACAAUGUGCAACAACACGAAAACAACUCCAGUAUUAAUUUUUUUUAUACGUCUCUUCAAUGGUUCAGCUCAGUGUUUCGUAGAGCACUCAAGAAGAGGAAGCCAUCACUAUUUUCAGAUAUGUGUUGUUCAAUGAAAAUGCACACCGAACAAGUAAUUCAAUAUACUACAAGUUGUUGCAUAUCAACUGUGUAUUUUAUUUUUUCCUGGAAAAAAAUUAACACACACUCAGAGGAAAUAGGAAAACUGGAACCACUGUUAUGUUUGUACUGUUCCGAUAACAAAGACGUGUUCCGUUUUUUUAUGCUAUAUCAAACAUAAUGUGUCAGUAUUUAAAUUUUUCAAUAGUAGUUUGUUUUGUAUGCUGUCGUGUAACCAUUUCAUACUUUGAUGAUUAUUUUUCCUGUAAAUGUGUUAGUGUCAAGAUAAUCCUGUCUCGAUGAUCGCUGUAAUAAAAAUGAUGUUCUCUGUUGUUUUUAAAAAAAAAUGCCGCUUCAUUUUGGAUCCCGACACAAUCAUAUGUCAAUAUAUCCAUCCAUCCAUCCAUCCAUUCCCUACCGCUUAUCCCUUUCUGGGUCACGGUGGGUGCUGGAGCCUAUCUCAGCUACAAUAAGACAGAAGGCGGGGUACACCCAGGACAAGUCGCCACCUGAUCGCAGGGCCAACACAGAUAGACAGACAACAUUCACAUUCAUAUUCACACACUAGGGCCAAUUUAGUAUUGCCAAUCAACCUAUCCCAGGUGCAUGUUUUUGGAGGUGGGAGGAAGCCGAAGUACCCGGAGGGAACCCACGCAGUAAUGGAGAGAAUAUGCAAACUUCAGACAGAAAGAUCCCGAGCGCAGGAUCAAACCCAGAUGCACUAACCCCUCUUUCACCGUGCUGCCCAUAUCAAUACAAUCAAUCGUACAAAUCCUUAGACAUUGACUUUGAAACAGAGAGUUAUAGUAAGUGAUUCAUUGAGUGACCGUCUAGAGUUCCGUAGAUUGUGUGGAACUGAUUAUAAAAUAAGCCCAAAAAGUAAGGAAAUUUAUGUUUGGUUGAUUAUGUCUUUGUUGUAACAAUGCUUCUUGGCAAUAAAUGUUAUACCAUUAAAAA